UCUCUCUCUCCACCCAGCAUUGCUAGGUUUCCCUCUCUCUCCCCCUCUUUGCCCCUCAUUCCCGCCUCUCUUUCAAGGCUCGUUUUCGAUUCAUUGAUUGGAUGGUCCAUAUUUGUCCAUCCAUGACUAUGACUCCUCCUCCCUUGGAUCGGGAAGAUGACGAGAUGCUUAUCUUGUAUUUUAAUUUUGUCAAAGGCCCGCAACCGAUGGAAGCUGAGGAGAAAGAGCCAUAUGAAGCAAUGGGCAGGGUGGAUCAGAAGCGUUACAAGGAAGCCAUGGCUGGUUACAAGAAUCCCCCCAUGAACAUUGAUUCAGGAUGUGAGUCUGAUAGUGAGUGAUGUGCAGCAUCUACUACUCGCUAUUUUUGAAGGGUUCUGAAUCUGUGGCAUGCUUCUCAUGCAUACUUUGAGAACAUGUGCCUAUGCCUAAAAUAUAGAUGUAAUGAAGUCUGCUCCACAGGUUGCAAUGCAAAUUUGUGUUUAACUGGAAAGACAGUUAUUCUAGAAAUGGUAAUUAACUUACAUGC